AUGGACGACAUGGAAUCGAAGGAAUUCAGGGCGGACCUCUAUCAUCUCUGGGUUCAGUAUCGGUCCAAGGGCCAGAAAGCCGAGCUUUGGAGCCCCAUUCUCACUUGUAUCAGACGAAACAAGAAUGAAGAUAAGUACUUCCGGAGCUUCAUUCACGAAUUCGUUGCCCAUUGGCGGAGUCAGUUGGGCUUGGAUGCAGUUCAUUCCAGGGAUGACAUUGGCCACAUGAGGGGACCAAACCUGUUUCGCCUUCCUGAGGAAUUCCUACCCACUGUAUCCAAAUACUUCCACAAGGAUAUCCUCAGACUGGAAAAGAAAUAUGUGAGAGUUGGAGAGUACAAUGAAGGACUGAGACAAGCAAGCAUGCAGUGUUUGGUGGCUGGUUGUCGCCUGCUUCAGAGCCUAUACGAUCCAUAUGGAUUCUGGGAGAAGCGGGUCAAACGAAGUUGUCAUAUGGAGUCCCAUAACUUGGACUUCCAGGCUGCUUCUCUACAUGUCCAGCUAGUACCCUUUUUGUAUGACUCUCUGGAGGGACCAUCAGCAGUGAUAGAGGAAGAAGAAGCUGCCAUCGAGCUCCUCAAUAUACUUGGAGCCAUCCUCUGUGGGUCUAAGGUGAAUGCAAUACGAGUCACUUGCCCUGCUUCCCUGGACAUCCUACAGACAGUGUUGUCCUGGCCAUCUGUUACCCCAAAGACACAGAUCCCUGCUGUUUACUGCUUUGCUGCCAUGGCACACUCCAUCCUCACUUCUGCUCCUAAUGAGAGACAGAUGGAAAUAGGAACAUUGUUGGAGCGCUACCAAGCAUGCAUCCUAUCCUUGGCAAUUAAUAUAAACACCAACCCAGACCAAGUGAGCACCUUGAUCUUGGCUGUGGAGAGUGUUGCCCAUAUGAUGGAAGUCCAUUCCUCUGAAGCUCGGAAUGCACUGCAGGAAGCAGUGUUCCGUGUUGGCAUUCUGGAGACCCUGGUUGACAUCCUUAAGGACUCCAAGGCAGUCAAUCUCCCUGGGAAUGCAUCCACUGCAGCGCGUAGCAUAUCCUGUGGGAUCUUCUCCCAUUCCUUCGUGAGGACACGCUUCAGAGAUUCGACGUUGUCGUAG